AUGGCAAUGGAGUGUGAGCCCAGAGGUGUGCAGAAGAGGAUCUCAUUUGGGUCUUGUCAAGAGAGGAAAAUCUUCCCUCUCCACUAUGCCCCACACAGGCUGGGUAUCCAGCAAAUGGCCAUCAGGGGAGACCCUCUGCUUGGUCCAGGCUGUUACCUGAGCCAAGAGAGAAGCAGCUUCACACACUCUUUGGAAAACAAACCUUUGAGCAAGAAAGGCUACGUGAUAGGAGCGAGAACAGCCCAGCGCUUCCCAGCAGAGCCACAGACCGUGACUCCCAGCCCAGCAACGUACCAGUCAUUCUGGAAGGAAGAGAGAAAACACCAGCCUGCCUACGCUCCUUUUUCUGUCAAGACACCACGAUUUCCAGAUAAGCCUUCAGAUAAAGAAUUUUUCCCUGGACCUGGAACUUAUAAAACAGACAAGCAAUUAAACAAAAAAAUCACUUGGCCUAUGAAGUUUGGGUCUCCAGACUGGUCUUUAGUGCCGAUGCCAGCAAAGAGGAUGCUAAAAACAGAGGUACAGAAGAUGACCAUAGACAAAGAAUUCAGGAAACAUCAGAACCGAUUGGCCUACUUGAGUUUAUACUACAGCUGAGGAGCUGGGGCUGCCGCC